AGUGCGCGCGCUUGUGUGGGGAAGCGACGUGCAUGCGCUGGAGCAACAGAUCCCCCCGCGCAUGCGCAUUUGAUUGUUUUGACUGAAAAUGCCGUCGGUUUCGAAAACGGCGGCCAAUGCGUCUCCUCAAACCGAGAAACCUACCCACUAUACCUACUUGAAGGAGUUUAGGACCGAGCAGUGCCCGCUGUUCCUGCAGCACAAGUGCACGCAGCACAGACCGUUUACGUGUUUCCACUGGCACUUUCUCAACCAGAGGAGGAGGAGACCCAUCAGGAGGAGAGACGGAACUUUUAACUACAGCCCGGACGUCUACUGCACCAAGUACGACGAGACCACCGGCAUCUGCCCCGAUGGAGACGAUUGUCCUUAUUUACACCGGACCACCGGCGAUACGGAGCGCAAGUACCACCUCCGCUACUACAAGACAGGCACGUGCAUCCACGAGACGGACGCCCGGGGACACUGCGUGAAGAACGGCCUCCACUGUGCAUUUGCUCACGGGCCGCAUGAUCUCCGGCCUCCCGUCUACGACAGCAGAGAGAUCCAAGCACAAGAGGCGCUCCAGAAUGGACAGCUGGGCUCCGGUGAAGGCAUCCCUGACCUCCAACCCGGCGUCUUAGCCAGCCAAGCCAUGAUUGAGAAAACGCUGACUGAAGACCCCAGGUGGCAAGACACAAACUUUGUUUUAGCCAACUAUAAAACCGAGCAGUGCACCAAGCCGCCCAGACUUUGCAGACAGGGCUACGCUUGUCCACACUACCACAACAGCCGCGACCGCAGACGCAAUCCACGCAAGCACAAGUACAGGUCGACUCCGUGCCCCAGCGUGAAGCAUGGCGACGAAUGGGGCGAGCCCUCCAAGUGCGACAGCGGCGACACGUGCCAGUAUUGUCACUCGCGCACGGAGCAGCAGUUCCAUCCAGAGAUCUACAAGUCCACCAAAUGCAACGACAUGCGGCAGACGGGCUACUGCCCCAGAGGGCCCUUUUGCGCGUUCGCACACGUAGAAAGGAUCCCCUCCACAGAGGAGACCAUGAGCUCGUUGCUGACGGCGAUACAGUCCGGUUCGCAGCCUCUUCUCGGCUCUCAGCAUUAUCCAGAGUGUCCGGUGGGCGAGUGGACGACCGGAUGCUCCAACAACAGCAGCAGCAACGGCCAAGUGGCGACUACUCAAAACACUGUAUUCAGCGCCGUGAACCCCCUGGCAUCCAGCUUCACCUCCAGCAUAACGUCCAGCUUGGCUUCCAGCAUCGGCUCAGACAGUUCCUCCCCUACCACCUUAUCCACCAUGAACGCGAAGGCCACGCCCUUCUACCCGGGGAGCAACACGGUGGAGUCUGUCAUCGGAUCCGCCCUGGACCUCAACUUCAGUGACAUUAACGUGGCAUCUCUUGACAAGGAGCUAGAAGAACAAGACAAUCACAUCGGGCUGGAAAGUCAAAGGGUGCUCGGCAGCUCGGCCCCCGUCAACAUUCCCGGCUCGCUGGCGCGCUCGUCCUCCUUCAAUUCCUCCUCGUCGCUGUCCACUUCGCCGCUGAGCUCCCUCUCGCAGUCGCUCUCGCAGUCCCUUCUGUCGGCGGCCGUGUCGCAGCAAAAUCACACGGCUAGCAUGCUAGCCAAGCCGGAGCACGGCCUCCUGGGAACGCCCACGUCCUCUUCCCAGAACUCCUUAGGCUUGAACGGCACGGGCAACAUCUGGGACUUUGUGAGCGGCAGCUUCUCGCCAAGUCCGUCGCCGGUCUUCAGCAGCCUGGCGUCGGCGAGCAGCGGCGGGAGUGGCGACGUGGCGCGUCUCUUCCGGGAACUGGACGAGGCCAAAAAGAAGAUUAAGCAGUGGGAGGAGGCCUGGCACCAGGUCAAACAGGCAUACGAGGCCUGUCAGAAAGACGCCCGCGAAGCCAAGGAGCAAGCCAAGACGGCGGAGGGGGAGCGGCAGCUGGCCGAGCAGAAGUGGGAGGAGACGGAGCGCAAGCUGAAAGAGCUGCGGGGGGACUUUGACGCCGUUUGCCGCGGGCCGGGAACGCCGCUCCUGCGCGGCUACGGCGAGCUGGACCAGCUGCCGCUGUCCAAGCUGCACUCGCUCAAGAACCAGCUACGCAACGACCUCGACCUUAUAGAUGGGGUAAUAUAUCAACUUCAGUCAAAGAAAUGUGUAGUUUGCCAAAAGCAUGACCGAUGCAUUGUGCUGCAGCCUUGCCAACAUUACGUUCUAUGUGAGAGCUGUGCGCCUGGCAAAGCCGAAUGUCCCUACUGUCGAACAAAAAUACUCAAGUGGUGAUGUACCACCAACGCAAAGGUACUAUGUAAAGAAUUUAGCCUAUUUUGGGUAUUUUUUUUCGAGGGGGGCGGGGGGUCAAAUAAUAGAUAUCAAAUUUUUGUAUAGCUCAUGAAUGAAAUGAUGUUUGACUCGUACACGCGGGAGAUAUUGGGAUGUGCAGUUUUUUUGCUCAUUUUACGUGUGUACAAUGUGUCGUCUCGACUGCAGAUACUCGCAGUACUACUCGCCCUUCUGGAGGUUUUAUUGCGAGUGCUAUUGAGUUUUCUGACAGAACUGAAUGUGGGGAAUCUCCUUUAUUGAAUGCACUUAAUCGUUACAGCCCACACAUUUCAUAAAAAAACACACUGCAGAGAUCCCGUUAAAUUGUUUUUUUUUACUAAAGAGAACAAAACGUAACUUUGACACCUGAAAAUAGCACCGUAAAUCCCGGACUACUGAGCGCACUUAAAUAUUUUUAUACAUGUAUACUGAAGGCCGCACUUAUAAUAUAAGCCGUAGGUGUCCACGUUGUAAUAUGGGUUAUUUACACAGAAAGACACACUAUAAACCUUGCAAUCUUACCUGCACUGUGUGUUCCCACCAUCACUUAUUGUUGCCAAUGAGACAUGAGACGAUUUUGCCGCGCUCCCAGCAGUUCAAGCAGAAACUGUAAUUGUUCUAAACUUGAUCAAAGUUACUUAAGAUUUGUCAGAUCAAAACACAAUCCCUUACUGAAUCUGCACUCUAAUCUAAACACCAUGCGAACUGUUGUUAAAAACUUUAAUAAGUAGUGGCUUAUAGUCCCGAAUUUACGAUACAUAUAGUUUACAACCUACCCAGAAAGACACGCUAUAAACCUUGCAAUCCAACCUACACUGUGUGUUCCCACCAUUACCUUUUGUUGCCAAUGAGACGUGAGACGAUUUUGCCGCACUCCCAGCAGUUCAAGCAGAAACUGUAGUCGUUCUAAACUUGAUCAAAGUUACUUAAGUUUUGUCAGAUCAAAACACAAUUCCUGACUGAAUCUGCACUCUAAUCUAAACAACAUGUGAACUGUUGUUAAAAACUUAAAUAAGUCCGGAAGUUACGAUACAUAUAGUUUACAACCUACCCAGAAAGACACGCUAUAAACCUUGCAAUCCAACCUACACUGUGUGUUCCCAGCAUCUCUUAUUGUUGCCAAUGAGACGUGAUACGAUUUUGCCGCAGUUCAAGCAGAAACUGUAGUCGUUCUAAACUUGAUCAAAGUUACUUAAGAUUUGUCAGAUCAAAACACAAUCCCUUACUGAAUCUGCACUCUAAUCUAAACACCAUGUGAACUGUUAAAAACUUCAAUAAGUAGCGCCUUAUAGUCCGGUAUUUACGAUACAUAUAGUUUACAACCCGGUCUGCAGUCAUUCAAAAGCAAUACCGUUUGGCUGAUGUGUGGUUCACUCAAAAAAAAAAAAAUUUACCACCUAAAAUGGGCAAAACUGAAACAGCUAUUUAGUUAAAGAGGGACAAAAUCAAGUAUUCACUCAUUUGUAUUUGGGAGACUAUAACAAAAACACUAUGCAGAUGUACAAAAAAAAUAAAAACACUAUCAGAAAAGAAGUAUUGUUCAAAAAAGAAAUUAGGUAUUUGUCGCAAAUGCAGUGUUCCUCUUUCAAUACAGAACAAACCCGCGUGUUUUUAUGAUUUAUAUUACCAGUCAAGCAUCAUUAUUUUUGACCAAUUUCCUGAAGAAUUUCUUAAUUAAAAGCACUUUGUUGACAUGGGACUAUUAUAAAAGGGUAUGUAGACAUUUUCUGUAAAGCUGCUUUGUAGGUAUUCUUUUUUUUUUUUUUUAAUUAGCUAUACUUUUUCUUAAUAAAUAUACCCAUAAAUAAAUAUAUAUAUAUAUACAUAUAUAUAUGUAUAAGCUAACGAUAUUGUGUGUACUGUGAAACAUCAAUGGAAUAUUUCAUGUUUCCUAUUGUUAAUUCAUAGCAUGGUUCUACAUAUUGAGGUUUAAUAGAUGGAGAGAGAAAAAAAGUAUUUAAUAGUUUCUACUUUCAUAGUUAGAUUUAUAAACAAUUUCAAUCAAAUAAGUGCAAAUUUAAGAAUUUUUUUUUUUUUUUUGUAUAUUGUUCUUAGGCAUAACCAGCAGCUGUAAUGAUAUCUUGUCAAGGCACAUGCGCUACAUGUCAUUCAAUCAAGUUACUUUUUUUUGUCAAGAUUUCUAGAGAAUAGAACUUAGAGGAGCAUGUAUUGUAAUUGCUAAGGUUUUUCUUGUUUGUUUGUUUUUUUUGGGUAGGAAAACUAGCCUCUAGAACAUAUCGGCCUCCAGCUCGGAAAAAGUGCCUUGCCUUAAGCUCUCAAUUUGUCGUCGGAGCAGGAUUUGAAAAAAAUUGAAAAAAAAAACAAAAAAACGUUCACAUGAUGACCGUAUGCCACAGUGUAUUUGGCCCAGUCCCGUUGUUUAUUUUUUAUUAUUAUUUUUUUUUUGUUUGUUUGUUUUUUUCAUUGAACAUUGCCAGUGCCUGUGACUUUAAAAAAAAGCUCAUUCCUUGGCCGCGGUGCUCCUUCAGUGCAGCUUCACUCUUUUUUGAGAUUAGCUUGUUUAUUUUCUUGAUUUUUUUUUUUUUUUUUCAGGCCAUAUGCAAAACAAAGGGCACAUGCAUUUUUGUACAGGCUCAUACAAACAUCUCUGCAACCAUUUCAGUCCAUUAAGACUUUGACUUUGGGGCAUGGAGUCCGUCUAAUUAAAAUGACCUUCUACUGUGCUUAAAAAAAAAUGGAUAUCGCUUUAAAAAGAAAAUAGAAUCAAUAAGACGUAGUAUUUCCAGGUACAAUUUUUGCUACUCAUUAACGCAUCAAAUUGAAAUUGUUUACAUAGACACGGACAUGCGAAUGAUAUGGAGACAGGUAUUUUUCUUGCAUAAAAAAAAAAAAGUGGACGUAGCUUAUGUGUUUUGGGGAUGUUAUUAUAUCUAUUCACGCAACAUUUUCCAGCAGGAAGAUGCUUUGACAACACGUGAUGUUGUGUAACUAACUGCACGUUUUGUACGUUUAAUUUCUUGACGUGUAAAAAUGUAUUUAAAAUGUAUAUAACUGUGUUAUACGGUUUAGAGCAUGGGUGUCCAAAAAGUAGCCCGUGGGCCAUUUGCGGCACACUGCUCAUUUAUUAUUGGCCCACGACACAUUGUACAAAAUAACAUUAAACAUUAAGUAAAGCAAAUGGCACAGUGCAAAGAAUAAAAGCUGAUGUGUUGAUAAAAUAAAAGUUAAAUGAAUUAACUUUGUAAUAUUAUGAGGAUUUUAGUAGCUAAAGGUUGAAAUAUUAGAGAAAAACAUUUUUUUUAAGGUCUUAAUAUGAAAAAAAAAACAACGCAUGGAACAAAUAAAGUUUUUGGAAAAUUAGGUUGCGGAAAAAGUUAGGAGAAUAAAGUCAAAAUAUUGUUAGAAUAAAGUCGUAAUUAUGAGAAGAAAGUUUAGUAAAUUUAAGAAUUUUUUUUAAAUUCAUUAUAUCAGAAACAAUUAUUUUUGGAAAAUUAAACUGAGGAAAAUAAAUACUGUUUAGAGCAUGGGUGUCCAAAGAGUAGCCCAUGGGCCAUUUGCAGCAGAGAAAUUUUUUUUUAUAGGUCCUAAUAUGAAAAAAAAACGCAUGGAACAAAUAACGUUUUUGGAAAAUUACAUUGCGGAAAAAGUUAGGAAAAUAAAGUCAAAAAUAUUGUUCGAAAAAAGUCAUAAUUAUGAGAAGAAAGUUUACAAGUUUUUAAGACAAAAAAUAUUUUAAAAAAUUCAUCAUAUCAGAAACAAUUAUUUUUGGAAAAUUAAACUUAGGAAAAGAUUAUAUUAUUAUGGGAAUAAAGUCAAAAUAUCACACAAGAAAAUUUACCAAAAUUUUUUAAGAAGAAAGUUGAAAUAGUCAUUUUUUUUUUAAUAACGGUAAAAAAAAAUGGGGGAAAAAGAGGCCAGUUCAUACACAAAAAUGUGUAAUAAUCGAUAAAAAGAACCUCAACCUCAGACGUAAAGUCAAGCUAUCGCCCUCUGCUGGCUCGUACGAAGAAUGACAGCACAGGAAGCUACGUCCACUUCUUUUACAUAUUUUCAUAAAAAGCUGUGUUAAAACGUCCGGUGUCGCAUGGAAUGAUUAGCAACUACAGGAAACGAGUUCAAUACCCCCACUGUGUCGCACUGCCACUACGACUAAAGCUACUUUUGUAUUUGUAGGAAUUUAUCGUUGGAUUUGGUUGUUCAUCAAUUGUAACUCGUGCAAUCGUUUUUUUUUUUUUAAUAAUGUCGCAGAUCCGUACUGCUGUAGAUUAUCCAAACUUUAGCUUAAGUCAACUCUUCAUCCAUAAAAAAUAAAUAAAUAAGAACGAUGAAUGAUGUCUUGGUGCGUGAAAGUUAGAUAAAUGAACCAAAGUGAUGUCCUAGUAGCUGUCCAAAUAUUCACAAUAUUUCAUUUUUUGUCUUUUAAACAGUUAUUAUUUGCUUUGAUAAAUCAUUCAACCCUCUUAACGGCGCUAAAAAAAAUGGGACUAUGCCAAAAAAAAUUUAUUUGGCUUCUAACGUCAGCCCGUGUUUGUUGCAGUUUUACCAAAGACCUGUGCUUGUUAUUGUUUUUUGUUUGAUUCAUUCAUUUUAUUGUUUUUUUUUUCCCACUAAGAAAGCUACAUAAAUUAAGUCUAAAAAGAAGAAAAUUUAAAAAAAAUCACCUACUACCUUAAAAAAAAUUGCUGAAUUGACAGAAAAAAAUGCAGCGGUCACAGUUUCGACAUAUUUCGAUUUGUUAUGUGUGUGAUUAAUUUUAUUUCGGUAAAAGUGAAGGAAUUUAAUGUGCAGCUGAAGUGGCCAUAUCAAGUUCGUUUUGGCGUAUACCGACGAAGGGUUACAUGUUUCGUUUUUUGAGCGCCCAUGGUAGAUACAGACCUGAGUUUUUCCCAUUUGGAACAAAGCACAGUGGUUUAUUCCCACUUUACAGAGCGGUUACGUGAAUAUUUGUGCCUUUUAGCAACUGGAUUUCCGAGAGCGAAAAAGUCAAAUUCCCCCCCUCAAAUUUGAAAACGAAAAAUGGAGUGCCUUAAGAUGCUCAGUGAUUGAGGAUUGAGCUAAAAAUCCCACGUCUCCACCUUAACGCCACCUGUAUUCGCUAAUUUCCGCUAAAUACGGCUAAUACGAGGUGAACAUUCAAGCAAUUUUGCCCAAUAAUCGAUUAAGAAAAUUACAAGUCUUCCAAGGGCUAGCAUACAAGCUAAGUGCAAACAACAGAUUUUCUAUCGCUUCCCCAUCUGAUGCUAUAAAAACCUCAAAAGAACUUGAAAAACCACUAUCUGAAACGCUUAUCUUGGCUAAUUGCAUAGCCCAGAAUGCUAAUGCUAGUGCUCUUGGAUGAUUUAUUCACAUAAAAAUUUUUAUCGUAACCACAAGAAACCGUGUGGUUGUUAUGCUAACUUAGCCUAGUUAGCAUGGCCGUAUAUGCUAGCGAUGCCGCUUCGUAGUCGCGUUGCAUCGGUACCAACGUUACAGAUUUUGCCGAAUCUGGCAACCAAAAAAAAAUUAAUGGAUAAUUGCGUAGCCGACGGUGCUAAUGCCACUGAAGCUUGUUUGUUUUCCCCUCAUUUAGCCUGGUUAGCGAAGCGGUCCGUGGUUAGAUACGUAUGCUAAUAACUUAGCCUAGUUAGCAUGGCUGUAUAUGCUAGCAAUGCCGCUUCGUAGUAGCGUUGCAUCGGUACCAACGUUGCAGAUUUUGCCGAAUCUGGCUACAAAAAAAAAAUUAAUGGAUAAUUGCGUAGCAGACGGUGCUAAUGCUAGUGAUUUGUUUCCCCUCAUUUAGCCUUGUUAGCGAAGCGGUCCGCUAGCGACGGCUAUGUUAGCUGUUUUAUUCAUCAACAUUCACUUAAAAUUUUUUUUUUUUUUUUUUUUUUUACAAAAAUGCUACGACUGUCACAGAAUUUUUUCGGACAUAUUCUUUCAUGGCUAGCUGCAUAGACGAGUGUGCUAAUGCUAGCAAAGCUCUCAUUGAACUCAUGAAUGAGUAAAUAAAGCUCAAAUUAGCAAAAUUCUAAUACUAAAUUCUAAUAAUACAUUUCUAAAAAAUUGUCUACAGUGGUUAGUUUAGAAAACCUUUUAUUUAUUUUUAAUUUUUUUCUGUGAGAUCCUUUUUGGACAAAUUUUGGACACGGUAGCAUUAGCGAAUACAGGAAGUUACAUCAACGUGAAAAAAAAAAAGCCUCUAUUGUUAGUCGUAAAGGUCUGUAUCUGCCAUCCCGUUCAAGAAAGCAAAACUAAACAGAAAUACCCCGCCACCGUGGAAUUCAAUCUUACUGUCAACACGUAAAACGGAACAAAACAGCAAACUAGGAAGAACUUUGUAAAUGAACUGUACUUUGUGUAUAAUCCUGCUCUACGUACUCGGAAUCAACAUUUUUACAUUAUUUCUUGCUAUUCUAGUACGUCGUGUCGUCUGUCUUUUUUUAAAAAUUUUAUUUCUUUUUUUAAAUACUAUGAACAUUAGAGCCUGAAGAUUUAUGCAAUCUUGUACCUUGUAUGAUGUUGGAGUCACACACGUUAAAAAAAAAAAAAAAAAAAAUAGCGUGAGUGUUCAAUUGAAUGUGGAACCAAGUGGACGUUCCAUGUACUGUAAUGUAGUUCUUGUUAUUUCUUAACAUUCUGAAGCCCGGGAAAUAUUGAAUGUAUUGUUCUAAAUUAGAUAUUCAAUGAAGAGGUCACUGGAAUUAAUAUUAUUAUUAUUAUUAUUAUUAUUACGGAGCGUUCAUUUUCAUGUAGCAUCUACUUGUAAACUCAUAUACAAUAAAAAUGAAAAGUAUGUAUAGGUUUCAUCAGAGAGAAAUGAGACUUUUUUUUUUAAAUUUCCAGGUUAUUAAUGCAGUGAUUUAAUGGAGGAUGUGUUCAAUCUGUGGAUUUAAUAGCUUUUGAUAUUUAUAGAUUUAAAAACAAAAGGUCCCGUUUUGUGACACCAUGUAAGGAUUAUGUAAGAGUUCAACCUGAUAAAUCACAAGAAUUCUUCUGUGGGUAUCUUGAUGACGUGUUGUGAACACAAAUAUAGAUGCAAGUCUUAGAAUGACUACCAGAUUUUUUUUUUUCCUCGAUUUAUUAUUAUUUGUUUUCUACAUUAAAACGAUUGUGUAAUGCAUAUUUUCUGUAGUGUAUGACUAGUUUGUUAACACUUGUUAAAUUGUUACACUACAGUGUUGUAAUGGUUUACAGAGUUCACACAAUUAUUUUUUAUCAUCUUGACAAUUAAACAAAUUUUUCAUCUGC